UGAUUAAUUGAAUUGUACUAUUUGAUUUUAGGGAGAAAAAAAAAGAAGCCUCGCCCUCCCCUCCGUACAAGAGACACUUCGUCAAAGAACCCUAGCACAGCUCCGUGCGAUUUUUCCCCAAUUGUUUCUGGGAAACCUCUUUGAAUUCACCGCCUUCACCACGUUAUUCGCGUCCAUUCGGUGAUAAUGGAUAACCCUUUCAAUCGCACCUAUGAGAAACCCUGUGGUGAAAGCAGAAUGAAAAUCCGAUCAGUAUUCGACGGCGUUGAGUUGAGAACUGAAUUCCAAAAAAUUGGCAUCGAUUCAAAGUUCGUACCAAUCAUAUGGAAGCAUCUCUUUCUAACUCUCCGAAGUUCUAACGAUUGGGAUGAUGAUGAUGAAUGGGAGAAACACAUUCCUUUUUUGCCAUCUUCAGCCUAUUCAUUCCUCCGUUCCAACUUCAAAACCCCUCUCUCUUCUACUCUCCACUCCGUUUUCCACUCUUCCGAUAACCUCACUUCCAAGCUCCUCAUCAAACUCCAGAAUGGUUCUUUUGUGGAAGCUGUCAUUAUGAGAUAUGAUACUCGUUUGGGUAAAUACGCCGGUAAACCCCGUCCCGGUGGUCUCAGAGCUACUUUGUGUAUUUCUUCUCAGGUUGGAUGCAAAAUGGGUUGCAAAUUCUGUGCAACUGGAAGUAUGGGAUUCAAAAGUAAUUUAUCCUCCGGAGAAAUUGUCGAACAAUUGGUUCAUGCAUCUACUUUUGCACAAAUCCGUAAUGUUGUCUUCAUGGGAAUGGGAGAGCCUCUCAACAACUACUCUGCUGUCGUAGAAUCUAUUCGUAUCAUGACUGGGUCGCCAUUUCAAUUGUCAUUAAAAAGGAUUACUGUCUCAACGGUUGGCAUCAUUCAUGCUAUCAACAAGCUUCAUAAUGAUGUGCCUGGUUUGAAUUUGGCUGUCUCACUACAUGCACCGGCCCAAGACAUCCGUUGCCAGAUAAUGCCUGCUGCCCGUGCUUUCCCUUUGGAAAAACUUAUGGAUUCAUUGCAAGAAUAUCAAAGGAAAAGUCUGCAGAAAAUAUUAAUUGAAUACAUAAUGCUUGAUGGUGUGAAUGAUGAAGAGCAGCAUGCCCACCUAUUAGGAAAACUGCUGGAGACAUUUGAAGUGCAGGUAGUGAACUUAAUACCUUUCAACUCUAUUGGUACAUUGAGUCAAUUCAAAUCUACUAGUGAGCAGAAAGUGUCUAAUUUUCAGAAAAUUUUACGGGGUACCUAUAAUAUACGAACAACAGUCCGGAAGCAAAUGGGUGAGGACAUAAGUGGUGCGUGCGGACAAUUGGUGGUUAACUUACCUGACAAGUCUCUUGGAAAUGCUAACCCCCUAACGGAUAUAGAAGAUCUUGUUAUUUGAUAUUAUGUAUUCGUAUUAGGUUCAAUUUAACUUUUGGGCUGAAUCUUAAAAAAUUGUUUCCUUGUUUUAUGUAUUGUUUUGAAGUUUUUAUUUUUUGACACAAUGUAUUGUUUUGAAGUUGAAAUCUAUAGAAAUUAGAAGUAGAAGUCAACAUGCACUUGAUGAAGCACAAGUGCGCAAUGAAAAUCCUUGAUUUGAACGA